GGCUGUGAUUGAUCCCAAAAGCUCAUUUCAGUUAUUGAAAAGACAAAGGUUUUCUUUAGGGGACCGAGUUGUUUAUAUUCAAAAUUUUGGUAAAGUUCCAUUAUUUUCGAAGGGUUUUGUUGUGGGAAUAUUAUGUGAAGAAUCAGGUAAGAUCAAAUUACAAAUUGUAUUUGACAAUUCGUUGGUUAGUGGAAACACAUUAGGAGAUCGAUUAAAAACUAAAAGAGGUCUUACUGUGGAUUCAUCAUUUUUGUUGAAUCUUACAAACAAGCAAUUGAUUUAUCAUACAAAAGCUUCAUUAGAGAAAGAAAAGGAGAGUAAAUUACAAAUGAACAAAAGUCAUUUUAAAGGUGAUUUUAAUCACAAUAACCAUGGGUAUAGUCAAACUCCAAGUCAUUAUGCUAAAGCACCAUAUGCGAAGAAAGUGGUUCAUAAAAAGGAAAUUGACAAGCAGGUCAUAUCAGAAUCCCAAGUUGUAUCAAAAAAGGCAUCAAAAGACACCACAAAUGAAUCUUCAAAAGAAAAUGACAAGAAAGCAGAUCAUACAGGAAUUACUAGCGUUAUUAAGAGGUUCACAAAGUACUAAAACUGAAAAAGUGCCAGGAAACACUCAAUCUAAUAAUAGUAGCAAUACUAGUAAUAGAUUGGAAAAUUUAUCCAAGCCAAUUCAAGCCAAAAAUGUUUAUGGAGAAAUUAUGGCGGAAGUAAAUAAAGGAGCACUUUAUCCAAAUCCUGGAUUCAUUCCUAUUCCACAUCCAGGGCAGAUGUUACCACCAGGUGCUCAAAUGCUGCCUAUGAUGGUUCCUGGAUAUCAAAACAAUAUUUUCAUUCCAUCAAAUUAUGGAAUGGUAAUGGCGCCAGUUUAUGAACCAGCCCAAGUUUUGCCAACCAAUGAUGAAGCAACCAACGAGGUUAAAUCGCUACUCAGAGGACUUGGUGGUCUCAAAAUUAAUUCUCCUGAUGAAAAUCAACAACAAGAAACUCAAAAUAUAUCACAAGAAUCAGUCUUUAAUCCCUCGAACACAGGGCCAAACAAUGCGACUGUUAACAUUAAUAAUAACAACAAUCAAUUUCUACAGCAUGAUGGUUAUGUUCCUAAUGAGCCCAGAGGUCAAAGAAGUUCGAACUAUAAUCAAAGAGGUAGGGGUGGUCGAAACAAUAGAAACGGAAGAGGCAAUUUCCGAAAUAAUGAUAGAAAUAAUAGAAAUAGCAAUAGCAACGGUUCUGGUUUUAGUCCUAAUCAAAAAAAAUAUAACAAUCGUCAUUAUUAUGGAGGAUCUUAUAAUAGGACUGCAAAUGACGAGAGAACUAGUGAUGAUUAGGUUUUUUUUUAAUUUUUCCCAACUUUUUUUUUUUAUUAAUAUUUUAUGUUUUUAG